CGCAGUGAGUGGCGGCAGCAGGACUCCAUAUCCCGGCACACACCGCGCCCGGCUCUGUCAGAGCGAUACAGUGGGCUGCUGCUGCCGGGAUAUGUAGUUCCGGUGCCGGGAUGUAACGCAGUCAGUGGCGGCAGCAGGACUCCAUAUCCCGGCACACACCGCGCCCGGCUCUGUCAGAGCGAGACAGCGGGCUGUUGCUGCCGGGAUAUGUAGUUCCAGUGCCGGGAUGUAACGCAGUGAGUGGCAGCAACAGGACUCCAUAUCCCGGCAUGCACCGCGCCAGGCUCUUCCUCCUCACUGUCAGCGCUGGGGAGACAGACUAAGCUCAACACCACCGGCCUGAGAGCAGGAAGAAUCACUCUACGGCUGAUUAUCAAAAGAACGAAAUAUAGCAAAAUGCAAGAUUUCGGAGGAAAGAUGCUAUAGACAAGAUGGUGGACAGGAGCAGAUUUGGUAAUGAAAAUACACACCAAGCAGAAAGUAGGAAGUGCUUUGAUGGUUCUAUGAAGACAUUGCUGAACACUCCAUGGACCACAAAGACCAAGGAAAAUGUCUGAAGGAACCUUGCAGGGUCGAGAUGAUGGAGAAUUCGAUCUUGACCUCUUCUUCUUUGAUUCAGAGCCUCCUGCAGCCCAUUCUGACAUUGUGUCCAUGCUUGACCGUGGAGCAGAUACGUGUUCUGAGGCGCUGCAACUCUCUACAAGGGGUGCAGCUGGAGUGAAUGUUCUCUCUGAUGGCAACUCCAUGAAUAACAGCCAGAAUGGGCUUUCAUCCCCACAUUUCAUACCCCAGGAGAUGCAGCUGCCAAAUAAUGAUCUUUCUUCGUGCUAUCCCAGAGACUCCAGCUGGGGGAUGUGUAGCGCUAGUACCCUGCAGAUUACUCUGUCCAGGACCUCCCCAGAUAAGGGCAUCCAAUCUGACCGUAGUCCCAGUGACAUCUCCAGUAUCAUUGCCCAUCUCCGAAGCCUUGCUGGUGAGACAGCAGACACUUCUACCAGGCCUGAUGAAGAUAGCAUGAAUAAGACUGACUCCUAUGCUGACAGAGUUAUAGAGGCCCCAGUUAAAAAUCAUAAUGAAAGUUUUGCCAACGGUAACUCAGACUCUACAAACAGUCCUCCUAAUUGCCUUGAGAAGCACCUGGACUUUCAAGAAAUCUUGGGAAAUGAGACUAUUGGCGGAGAAUAUCCAUUUAUCAACGUGGAGUCUAUCAUCAAAGGGAAGCCUUCCACAAAGACCUACAUCUGUUCGUACUGUGGAAAGAGCUGCCCAUGUCGAUCUGCUUUCAUCAGGCACCAGAGAAUCCACACUGGAGAGAAACCUUAUCACUGUACUGAGUGUGGCAAAAGUUUCAUCCAGAGCUCAGAUUAUAACAAUCAUAUGCGAUCACACACUGGUGAGAAACCAUACUCCUGUGCCGAGUGUGGCAAAAGCUUCAGCCGCAACACAUACCUUGUCACUCACUCUAGAACUCACACCAAAGAGAAACCCUAUCUAUGUACUGUUUGCGGAAAAAGCUUCAUCCAACACUCACACUUGUCAUUACACCUUCGGAUCCACAGUGGGGAAAAGCCCUACAUCUGCAUAGAAUGUGGCAACUGCUUCAGUCGAAGCUCAACUCUCGUAAAACAUAAAAAAUCCCACAGGAGAAAAACACUUCACAUGUACAAGAAAAAGAAUGAGGAACAUGACCAUGGCCUGUUUGCAUACAACAGUACACAAUCUUGGGAGGCCCUCAUAGAUGGAAAAGAAGAAAGCUUGUUGAAUUCACAACAAACAGAGGUGAAAUUGGAAAAUGAGGAAACACCAGAUCAUUUGCAGCAAACAGAGAGCUGUAAAAAAAGUUACAAAGAUGAAAAGAAAAUCUCACGCAAAAUCAUGCGGACCAGUCUAGGCAAAUUUCUUGUUUAUGAUAAGGGCUCAGGAGAAAAUAUAAGACCCAUAUCCCACCAUAGGAAGUUUCAGCGGAAGAAGAACUACCUACCUGGUGAAACCAAUAAGAGCUCGUGCAACCGGGAUACUCAAACGUCCAACCACUUGACAGAGACAAGAGUAGUGAAAGUGGAAGAUAGUCCCAAAAAUGAUUAUGAAAACUCCUGUACUUUGUCAGGAACCACAGACAACACAAAGAUGCAAAACAUUAACUCUGAAUAUGAGUUUAGGAGAGACAAAUCAUGUACAGAACCUACAAAAAGCGCAGCUGCCACACUCCCCACAAGAGAGGAGGCAGAUCCACCACAUUCAGACUUACAAAAUUGUUACAAGAUGAAUGACACAACUUACAAAAGUGUGUGUCCCAUUCCUCCGGAAACCAGCAGCUUCCUUGGUGGCAAAAUUCAAAAGGCUGCCUAUGUCUGCAGUUACUGUGGCAAAGGCUGUCCCUGCAAAUCUGCUUUUCUGCGGCACCAGAGAAUUCACACGGGAGAGAAGCCUUAUUCCUGCUCUGAAUGUGGGAAACGUUUCAUUCAGAGCUCCGAUUAUAACAAUCACCUGCGUUCGCACACUGGAGAGAAACCAUACACUUGCGGGGAAUGUGGGAAAGGUUUCAGUCGAAGCACCUACUUAAUGACUCAUUCUAGGAUUCACACCAAGGAAAAACCCUACACAUGUGCGCACUGUGGAAAAAGCUUUGUCCAGCACUCACACCUCGCCAUACACUCUCGAAUCCACAGUGGAGAAAAGCCUUACACCUGUUCUGAGUGUGGGAAACCUUUCAGCCGUAGUUCAACCCUCACCAAGCACCAGAAAUCCCACAACAAGAAGAAGGUUAAUUCAAUGGUUGCUUCCAAUUCUGCUGUGUCACCACUGAACUUGCCAAAGCUUCUUUCUGUUACAGAGAAAACAGUGAAAGAGCCCACUACAAAGAUUUAGCCUUCCGGCUGUGUGUACCGGGGAGCCUGCACUAGCACGGUUAUUCACUCCAAAAGAAGCCAGAGCAGUCGAACUGAAAGCAGAGUGGACUUUAAAAAUGUAUCCAGUUCAGCUAUUUUUACCUUUUUAAUUCAACUUGAAUUCUCACUUUGGUGAAUAACCCUUUAAAUUAAAAUCUAUUCUGCGGUAUGUUUAUGUCAAAGCAGACAUUCACUAUAAUUACAGUUUGU